AUGAUCUGGGCCAUGACACUUCCGAGCCGGGUAGUUGAACUCAACAUCCCAGAGUUCGCGGUGCGUCCUGGUGACUGCACCUUUGCAUGGACAUCAAUAGUCAACAACAAGGCCCCAUUGAUUAGUCGGGUAUGCUGGGAGGCUCACGAUGUUGCUUUGAAGUACUGCAACCGCUAUUCUGAUAAGCAGCGAGCGAAGGACCUCACCCUUCAAUUUCCUCCUCCCCACGCUUCGAACGCCGGUCCGAUGCCGGUCUCUUUGAUCUGGUCCUCCAACAGUCACCCACUGAUCAAGCCAGACCGGGAGCUUCUAUGGUUCAAUGCGGCGCGUGACACCGUUAUUCUCUAUCACAGUCCUUACUGGGAGAGGAGGUCAGCCUGGUUUGCACUUCAGUCCCGUAUAGCACUAUACGGGUACCUCGCCGCUGAUCGUGCCGUGUACGCUUCCAUGUGGAACCCCUGGCCAAGAUGUUUGCGGCACUUUUACCACCAUGUCUUGGCCAAUGCUCCCGCAAUUCCCUGGGUUGACCCGAUUUUUGUCUUGAGGAUUGUAGUCAUCCAUGCCACCGAGGAAGAAGCAAGGGUCUCUGGUCUUUUCGGACUUGUUGGAGACGAGCCUAUUCAGCUUGUAGAUCCCUGGAAUAUUAAUCUUCUCAUGGAGUUCUUCUGGUUAACUAGAGCUACGUUCCGCGAACAGGGCCGGAGUACCGUUGCUUUCUUCGAAGGUCUGCGAGCAAACGUUGGGAAAUGGGAGUCGCAAGUCCUGGCAUGGAGGAGAGAUGCCAUGACACGCGAGUUGUGGCUGCUGUGGAUGAAGGAAUAUCAGCGAGGUUUUCCCAGGCUCGUCAACCCGGAGGAUGUGUUCUCAGGCCCGAGGAGCCGCCAUGGUGUCGACCUGGAUAUGAGAAAUCCCGCCUCGUAUCGGACCUCGUUGACUCAUGGUCCCAUUGAUCUCGAACAAUAUGGCCCCAAUGAGAAUCAUUCGUGGGUUGUCAAUGUGUUGGCAAGUUUGCCCACAUUCCGCUACCGGAUUCAAUUCCGACACUGUGCCCUUCGCUGUAUCUUAGCACCCCCGUGGUUGACGGAGGCUUAA